GUUAGCAGUUGAUGUGAAGCUGUCAUAGAUCAAAGGAUAUCUGUUGGAAGAAAUGCCUUCUGUGUGAUUAAGGCUGAUUUUGUUUUUACUUUUUUUAUAUCGACGUUAAUUUGACCUGUUUAAUGUUAAUUGAAUUGAAUUGGCUCGCGAGCAGAACCGGCGCUGAAGUGUUUACAUUGAAUCAGACGCGUGACGCGCCGUGUCAAUCAAAUGUUGCUACAAUGUUGCGCUUCGUCACUAUUGUAAAUACAUUGCAAUAGGGAUUCAAUUGACAUAAUUGAUCAUUUAUUAAUAAAGACCGCUCAUCUGGAAUAUCAGCAGGAGGCAUUGUGACAGUCUGUUUCGCAAUAUGCAGCUACACUGAUUUGGUGAUAUAUUGUUUUUGUUUGCAUCAAAAAACUGUUGGAUUGCAUGCACAAUUUUUGUGUGUUUUUUUUUAAAUACCACCAUGCUGCGAUGGAUUCUGGGCGGUCGGGAGGCACAAGGGACAGUAGAGAAGAGCGCGGCGCUGUUCAUUGGGGAGGAACAGCCCAAAAACGGUUUCACGGAGAUGCAGGUGCUGAAAGGACACUUUGACAUUGUUCGAUUUCUGGUGCAGAUUGAUGACUUAAGGUUUGCAUCGGCAGGUGAUGACGGCUCGGUACUCAUUUGGAAUGUUGAGACAGGUGAUUGUUUGUUGGAGUUGCGUGGUCAUACGCAGCAGAUCACUGCGAUGACGUCAUACACCCUCAUCAAAGGCGGAAACGCACACACUGCAAUUAUUACUGCGUCAUCAGACCGCACACUCAGUUUAUGGGAUCCAGACACAGGAAACAGAGUUCAGAAUGUGUCUGAUCUACAAUCCUCUGUGAAGUGUUUGCUGGUGUUGGAUCGUUUGAACCUGUUGCUCUCAGGUGGAAAUGAAAUGUGUGUUUGGAAUAGAGACUUUGAGCUGCAGUGUAAAACUGUUCAUCACAGCGAUGCAGGUAUUUCGGCCAUGGUGGAAUUACCGAAGAACUUCAUUGCAGCUGCCAUGGAUAAAGAGAUUGUGAUAUUUAAGUUGAAUGUAUCUGGGUCAGAUAUUACUGUUAUGGCCAUACGACAUCUAGCUGACCAUCAGGACACCAUCCGUUCUCUCAUCAACAUUAAUGAUAAGUUAUUUGCGAGUGGCUCUUAUAUCGGUGAGCUCAUCCUCUGGGAUUCAGUGGAUUGGACGAUCCAGGCUUAUGAGCUCAUUCUGUGGGAGGAGCCAGCGAGAGAUGGCCAAUCAGAGGUCAGCCUGACUCACCAGAAACAGAUUGAGAGGUCCAUUCAACACAUGAGCUCAGAUGGAGAGAUAAUUGUGGCAGCUGUUGGCAGUGGUCUGUAUGUUUAUAAUGUGCCAAUGAAGAGUGUAGUGGCAUACAGGAAGAUCGCUCAUGAUUCUGAUAUCUUGCACACCAUGCUGCAGGAAGAUGGGCAUUUAAUGUCAUGCUCUGAGGAUGGGAGUGUGAGGAUGUGGGAGUUGCAGGACCUCCCUUUACCUGCUGAACCCGCCUCCUCAGGGUUUUUUGGGAUGUUUGGCACCUUUGGCAAGUCUAGUAAACAGAGUGGCCCUCCUGCCAAGAAACUCCCAGUGGUCCCUAGUCUGCGCUCGCUGGAACUGACGGGUGAUCUGAUUGGUCACUCUGGAGCUGUGCAGAUGUUUCUGAGUUUCAAGGAGAAGGGUCUGGUCACCUGCUCCACAGAUCACCUGGUCAUCGUGUGGAAAGACGGAGAGUUGCAGUCGCAGCUGCGCAGUCUCGCCCUCUUCCAGAAGCUCGAGGACAAUCAGGGACUUUGAAAAUUCAUUCCCAGGCCUGGGAUCAUUUUCUGUGUCCUAAAAGCAUAAUUUAAGGCAUGCAAGUACAGUUUAACCAUUGAACACUUUUCUUUGCCAUACUGACUCUUUGCAAAUCCUGACAUUGUUUUAAAUUCAGUCAUAAUGUGCUUUAAAACAUUUAUAAUGCUUAUAAUUGUUUUAUGACUGGCUGUUAAAUCAGUGUCUUAUUGUAAUUUUUUUUAAAUCUGUUAAUUUGUGUAUAUACAAGGUGAUUUACGUGGAAUGGGAAUAUUUUGAUGUGUUGUUUAUCUUUAAAUCAGAAUGUUUUAUUGCACAUAUAAAUUGAAUACCUCUUGAAUGUAUGCUUGUUUAUACUUUUGUAGCACUUUAUAAUAAAUUACUGUAUUUUAAUAUUAGGCAAUGCAUUAAGAUGUCAUGUAUUAACAAUGAACUGAAUUUUUACAGCAUUAAUCUUGGUUAAUGUUUAUUUAGAAAUAUACUAUUGUUCUUUUUUUAAUCUUAAUUCAUUAACAUAUACAACUUUUAAUGUAAAAAACGUGUUCGUGUAUGUGAAGUAAAUAUAAUGCAACAUUAAUAAAUGCAGUGCAAUUAUUGUUCAUUAUUAGUUUGUCAACGUAUACAAUUUUGUUUUAAAGCAUUACAUUUUCUAUUAGCAAAACUGCAGUUGAUUUAUGCUUGGUGUGUACAUGUAAAUUCAGAUCAAAAAUACUUUAUUGCAAAAAUGUUUUGUGUAUCUCACAAACAAUGGUUUCAAAGUUGGAGUGGCAUCUCCAAACAACAGUGGAUGGAGAGACAAAACGAACAUCAGUACAGCACAUUUUAUCCAACAUAGAAACUUUUGUACAACUGACAAUAAAAUAAAGUAUUCGAAAGACAAAACCAAACUGUAGAAUGGUGUGAUAAUUUCUUUCUCUCAGUGAAGUUUAAUUAAAAAUAGUUUAUAUACAUUAGUGCAGGGGAUAAUGCUGUAUUGUGCAUUCCCCAUAACUACAAUUCAAAAAUACAGUAAUUGGCACAGAAUCUGCAUCCAUCCAUUAAUGCAGUUUACACUCGUUAAUCAAACCUGUCCAUGUCUAACUCUAUUCUCAGAGCAUGACCCGUCCCUAAUUAUGAUGUCAUUGUGAGGUCAAAAUGGCAUGCAAGCAGGAGAGCCCUUAGAUAGUGAGGGGAGAAUAAUGAAUCUGAAAAUAAUAACCAACACAACAUUCAAAUAUGACCAGGGACUGUUAUACCUCUAUUAUGAAACAAAACAUCUCUCUCUCUACAGUAUACAUAUACUGUGUGUGUGUGCAUGUAUAUAUACACUAGCGGCCAAAAGUUUGGAAUAAUAUACAGAUUUUGCUCUUAUGGAAAGAAAUUGGUACUUUUAUUCACCAAAGUGGCAUUCAACUGAUCACAAAGUAUAGUCAGGACAUUAAUAACGUGAAAAAUUACUUUAACAAUUUGAUUUUUUUUUUUUUUCAGAACUGCUUAAAUUACUUGUUUUCAUCAAACAAUCCUGACAGCUUUGCAGAUCCUUGUCAGGCACUUCUCACGCACCUUACAGUCUAGCUGAUCCCACAAAAGCUCAAUGGGGUUAAGAUCCAUAACACUCUUUUCCAAUUAUCUGUUGUCCAAUGUCUGUUUCUUUGCCCAAUCUAACCUUUUCCUUUUGAUUUUCAGUUUCAAAAGUGGCUUUUUCUUUGCAAUUCUUCCCAUAAGCCCUGCACCCCUGAGUCUUCUCUUUACUGUUGUACAUGAAACUGGUGUUGAGCGGGUAGAAUUCAAUGAAGCUGUCAGCGGAGGACAUGUGAGGCGUCUAUUUCUCAAACUAGAGACUCUGACGUACUUAUCCUCUUGUUUAGUUGUACAUCUGGUCUUCCACAUUUCUUUCUGUCCUUGUUAGAGACAGUUGUGCUUUGUCUUUAAAGACUGUAGUGUACAACUUUAUAUGAAAUCUGCAGUUCUUUGGCAAUUUCAAGCAUUGUAUCGCCUUCAUUCCUCAAAACAAUGAUUGACUGACGAGUUUCUAGAGAAAACCGUUUCUUUUUUGCCAUUUUUGACCUAAUAUUGACCUUAAGACAUGCCAGUCUAUUGCACACUGUACAACUCAUAAAUGAACACAAAGACAAUGUUGGCAAGUGAUUUUCUAGCACCAAAUUAGCAAUUUAGGAUGAUUACUCAAGGAUAAGGUGUUGGAGUGAUGUCUAGAUUUGAUCAAAAAUAACGUUUUUGAAAUAGUGAUGGUGCUGUGUUUACAUCAGUAAUGUCCUGACUAUACAUUAGUAUAUAUAUACACACACAAAAAUACUUUUGGUUAUUGCAAAAUGAUAGUUUUGCAUUUUAACACAAAAUGGCCUGUGCAAGGAAAUCUGAGAAACAUCUUCCUCCUGAAGAGAUGGUUUUGGCUGUACUGACUGUGAUAAUGGAAGAAAACAAGCACAUGUACUUCCCAUUAUCCUGAGAAUUCAUGUGUUGCACAGGACAGAAGACAAUAUACUUUCAGUAUACUUUAAUUUUAAGAGGAAAGUGGUUAAUUUAGGAAGUUUUUGUGCUAUUUCCAUCUUCCUGGUUUAAAAUCAACAUCGAGUCAAUGUCACACAUUGUGAUAUUUCCCUGCAUCGUAGCGUCAUCAGUGUCUUAUAAUUAUUAAUGAGACUGCGUGACCUUAUCCUAUGAGAAUGCGUUGUCUCAUGAUUAUUCAUUAAACCAGGUGACCUCCACCGGGAUUGCUUGCAGAACUCUCAAGCUCCUCAGUUGAGAGUCAUCGCUUUAACUUUAAUAUCACAAUGGAACUUUGGAAUCAAAGAAUGAAACUACAAUGGUCGCCAUGACAACACAUUUCAUACACCUGAGCCAGAAUGUAACGUCCCUAAGCAAUGCUCUGUGUAAAGUGAAUGACAAGUUUAGCCCGUUGUGUGUUGAUAAAAGCAAUUAAGGCAGGUCCCUGAAUACAGUCUCUAGAAUCGCUCCAUAUUUAUAUUCAUAUCUGAAAAAUAGUCCAUAUAAAUUCAUUGUUAAACAUCUGAACUUAUAAAGAGAUUCAUUUUGUUCAUAUUUUCUUCUAAAUUACUUAUAAACCGGUGUCUGACAGUAUGAAACAGUUUGCUCUGGGGCAGGACAAUGCAGGCCUACAGUAGCUUUUUUAACACUUAACCGAGAAAGACAGGAAGAGAGAGGACGAAAAUGAGGCGGACAGGAAAAGAGGGAAAUAGAUGCAUCAUCUUAUGACAUACACUUCCAUUAUAAGUUCUACGUAGAAUGUUCUAUGUCUUACCUCUCUUGGCUCUAAACCCAGAACCAGAGCCCAAAACCAAACGGAUCACAUCAAGACUCGUCUGUCUGAGCUGUAGACCACAAACCCUCUAAAAACUACUACUAAUAAUAUUAAUAAAAAAAGCAGAUUGGCAGUCAAAGAUGAAUUUGUUAAUUGUGAAAUCUCAGGCCUAACAGAGACUAUAAGACACAAAAAACAAACUUGAAAUCUCUUAUAGCCAUUUUCCACCAAAUGGCGAUGGUUCACAUGCCGAGCCUGUGCUCUGCUGGUUCACGGCCAGGAGGAAAUCUGGAGCUUUUCGUAAGCUGGCUGUGCUUUUCCACUGACCUCAGAACCGAAUGAUGACGUAAGGGGUUACGUGACUACUUUACCUGCCCAUAAACAAACAUGGCGCGCCACAACAGUGUUUGUGUCCAGCUUUUACUCUUGUUUUUGAGUAAUGCAAUCCAUCGAUAUUACAUUGCUUAACAAAAUUGACAGAGAUGACAUCUACCCAAAAAUAACAAGUAAUGUAUUAACAUUAAAUUGUAUGAACUAUGGCUUAACUUGCUAAAUUCUGUAAACUGUAACAGUGGAAUUGAAUCAUUAUUAACAGUGGUGUAGCAGAUGGUUUUAUUUGGAGUUUUGCCAUAGCAUAUAAUAUUAUGUUUAUAGCUUGAUAGAGAAUCCCUACAUUUACUUAAUAGAUAGCUGCGAUCUUCUGAAUUUAGUGAGUAGCUGGUCAAAAAUCCCUUUAUUGAACAAAACAAUGCACAAAAUAAAGGCGGGUGCACACAGUACGAUUUAUAAUAGUCUUUACGAUUGUUGCUUGUCAGACUGUACGAUAUGAACGCAUUGAUGUCGCCAUGGCUAAAUGUGCAAUGUUAUGACUGCACGAUAUACAUCAUAGCCGACUGUGGUCCCAAUUGUCCCGAUCAGUGAACGUGACUCACAUUAUGGGAGUGUUGCGGAAUAGAAGUGAAACUGAGAAAUUUGCCCACCACAGAGGAGCAUUUCCCCCCCCCACAAUUUGUUUAUGAUUUGGUAUGAUAUGAAGGCAUGCAUCAUUGCAUGUUGGAUCUUUUCCCCCUUUGCGAUCUCUAUAUUCAUCUCGGAUCUCCAUGAAGACCAUACCGCAAGUAGAGUGCUCGUUUCAUCUGCGUUACCUGAACGCUUUUGAUGUCUGAAAAUUAUGUGGGGAUCUUUGUGUUUUUUGAGUGAAGUACUCUUUGCUGCAGAUGGUAGCUACUGUUGUUGUUUGGGAACAUUUUGGUGAUGAAACAUCCCAUCCACCAACCCCUCAAAUAAUCGGUUCAUGCGUGGAGACCAGCAAGCUUUUGCGGAUGGCAUCAAACCAGGUUUUCGGCCCCGGAAUGGCCUUUUCUGUGGUGGAAACGAACUGAACAGUUCAGGAAUUCGCACUGGCCCAGGAACCCGAACCAUGUCAGUGGAAAAGGGAUAUUUAAGAUCUCAAUUGUUUCUCCAAGACAGCAAUGAGAUUUAAUUAAGAACAUUUUGAGACUUUUGGUUAAGUUUCCUGCAUCUCAGACAAAACAAAACCCAUUUAUCUCAUGCACUGCCUCUAGAUUUUAAGAAGAGAUCUCACCAAAUGUCUCAAACUGUGCUCGGAUAAGCCAAGAUACCAAGGUCUGCUCUAAAAUUCAAUUGAACUCAAAUAAUUCUCAUCAAAUUCUUCCAAGAUGAAAAAAAACAAUAACAAAUCUGAGCAAAGUAAUCCACAUCAAUGUUAUAGCUCUAUAGUCUUACUGUAAGGCAACAAUUGACUCAUUUGUUUAAGAAAUUUGAGGAGAAACAUCAAAAAGACAAAGUUGACACUUAAAGGGUUAUAUCACCCAAAAAUGAAAAUUCAGUCAUUGUUUACUCACCCCUGUGUUGUUAUAACCCCACAUUACUUUUUAUUUUUCUUAACACAAAGGGACACAUUGCGAAAACAUUUUGUGCUCAGUGAUGUCAUACAAUGGCAGUAUAUGGUGACCACAUCUUCAAGCUUCAAAAGGAUGCAAAAGUAUAAUUCAGACGUCUAAUAAAUUAUUCCACGAGACUCAUGAUUGUUAUGAAAGGAAACAAUAAGGUUUAGUGAGGAACAAUCCAAAAUCGAAUGUUUAAUUUACUGAAACUGUUGACUGACCCUUGAUCAUGAGACUGCAGGAGACCAACAGUUCAUGCAGCCCCCUCGCGACAUGGGGUGUUCAAGCAAAAACUUGUUUUGUUGAUCUAAAAUCAGGACUACAACAGCGAUACUAACAACAGAACACAACACAGCUGCACACAAAAAUGUUAUAAAUCUCCACCUUUGACCAGUCCCAACCAGUACAUGGGGAUAUGCAUGAAGAAUGUGAAUUGUCAAAAAAAGAAGAAGAAUGUGAAAGUGAAAAUGGAGAUUCAUAGUCAAAAAGGACUUAUUGAUCUGUUUUUAUCCACACUUAUCUUAUCGCUUUUGAAGACAUGGAUUUAACCUCUGGAUUCUUAUGGGUUACUUUUAUGCUGCCUUUGUGUGCUUUUUGGAACUUCAGAGUUCUGGUCACCAUUCACUUGCAUUGUAUGGACCAACAGAGCUGAAAUAUAUUUCUAAAAAUCUUUAUUUGUGUUCUGGUGAAGAAAGAAAGUCAAACACAUCUGGGAUGGCAUUAGGAUGAGUAAAUGAUGAGAUAAUUUUCAUUUUUGGGUGAACUAUCCCUUUAAAAAAGCAUGAGCACAGUGUAUAUCACAUUCACAAAAUGUUACUGUGCCUUUGGUAAAUCAAUACAGCCAUACAAUGGAGUUGGUCUACAGUGCGCACACACACACACACACACACACACACACACACACACACACACACACACACACACACACACACACACACACACACACACACACACACACACACACACACACUCGUUGUGUUUCCAUGUUUUAUGGGGACUUUCCAUAGACAGAAUGGUUUUUAUACUGUACAAACUUGAUAUUCUAUCCCCUAAACCUAACCCUACCCCUAAACCUAACCCUCACAGAAAACUUUCUGCAUUUUUACAUUUUCAAAAAACAUAAUUUAGUAUGAUUUAUAAGCUGUUUUCCUCAUGGGGACCGACAAAAUGUCCCCACAAGGUCAAAAAUUUCGGGUUUUACUAUCCUUAUGGGGACAUUUGGUCCCCACAAAGUGAUAAAUACACGCUCACACACACACACACACACACACACACACACACACACACACACACACACACACACACACACACACACACACACACACAAUCUAUACACAGCAUUAACAUGGAUGGGAAUGUACAACUGAAACAAUUUUCACUUUAACCAAGCCAAAACACAACAGGAUGUCGCAAAACACCCGUACCCUGAAACCUUCCAGUAGCUAUCAUCUUUAUCCUAAUGUAUCCGACACGAAAGAACAUUAUAGAAUAAAAUGUACCUGUGUACAAUAAAUUCUGGUUUCGCAAUCUCCUGUGCAUAAAUGGGGCACAUUCAUGUAAAAACUAAAAGAAGCAUGUAAUCGUCUGUUUCUAAUGAAGUCUUUGAAAAAUAGCAAUAUUAAAAGAAUGUGGGGGUUUGUUUUGGAUUCCUUUACCACCGAUCAUUGAUUAUACUGUUAUGAAAAUGAACAAAAUAAUCUUUCCUAAGAAACAAACAAACACGUUUGUGAGUUCUUUGAUGCUUGUUAUUGUACAACCAUGAAUGGAGUUCAGGAAUGUGUGCAGUUCUUAGGUUUCACCACAAGAGAGUGACCGGAGCAUUCCUCAUCAUUUUCACUGCAGAACACAUCUAUACUCCUAACACAACUCGCAGCAAACCUAAAACAUCUUUCAAUCCUUUUCAUCCUUUGACUACAGUUGCACAGUCUGGGUAGCUCUAAAUAAAGGAAUAAAUUGGCAGAAAUUGUGUGAAUACGUACUAAAGCUGUUGACAGGCCAUACGUAAUCUUAUAGCAGCGUUAAACAUUGUUCCUAAAAUAAACCGCUAGAGCACUUUCUAUGAAGCAUGUGUAUUAUAAAGGCAUUUAAAUUGCAUUCAUUAUGCCAUAUUA